UAUAUUUAUUUUACUGUGUUAAAAUUCUGUAAAUAUUUAGCGUAAACAGAUAAAAAUGAUAAACGGAUAGCCACAGUGUUCGUCUAAUUCACAUUGUACUUGGAUGAUGAUAACAACUCACCACGUUUAUAUCGAUGCGAAAAGAGCAGCUGUCAGUUAACAUAGUUGAAAAAGUAAAAAAAAAUGCAAUAUGCAUAAUAGUUAUAAAUGUGAAAGAGGAAAUACAGGAUAUGUAAUGACUAAAUCCACAAUCAUUGCCAAACACAAAUAUUGCUGAAUGGGCAAAUCACAAAAAGAUGCAGACGCACGCAGACAACAAAAGCCAUAACAAAGUGCUCGAACCAAAAUAAAUGCAUAUGCAUGAGUAUAUGUAUGUAUGUAUGAGCGAAUGUAUAUAUAUUAUAUAUCAAAAUGUGUUGACUGGAUUCUGAUUGGAUCAUUGGAAUACAAUAAAACUGAGUGAAACAAGCACGUUCACUGAUUACAUUUACAACUAUCAAGAUCUUCAACAAAUUUUUAUCUCAACUUUCGCGCUCGAAUAUGUCCGACGGGGUUAGCGUGCUGCAUAUUAAACAGGAGGUGGACACAUCAUCGGCUGGUGGGGUCAGCAAUUCGUGUUGCAGUCCCAGCUCCAAGGCAACGACCGCCCACAACAAUUCCAGCAACAGCAACAGCGGCAUGAAGUCCUCGCCAUCCGUAUCGCCAGAGCGUCAGCUCUGCAGCUCGACCACAUCCUUGUCCUGCGAUCUGCACAACGUCUCGCUCAGCAACGAUGGCGACAGCAACAAGGGCAGCGGUCCGAACAGCGGCAGCGGCGGCGCCCAAAACUCCAGCGCCAAUGCAGGCAGCGGUUCGGUGCGCGACGAGAUGCGUCGCCUCUGCCUGGUCUGCGGCGAUGUGGCAUCGGGCUACCAUUAUGGCGUGGCCAGCUGUGAGGCCUGCAAGGCAUUCUUCAAGCGGACUAUACAGGGCAACAUCGAGUACACCUGCCCGGCGAACAACGAAUGCGAAAUCAACAAAAGAAGACGCAAGGCCUGCCAGGCGUGUCGCUUCCAAAAGUGCCUGCUCAUGGGCAUGCUGAAGGAGGGUGUUCGCCUGGAUCGCGUGCGCGGCGGCCGCCAGAAAUACAGACGCAAUCCGGUGUCCAACUCGUACCAGACCAUGCAACUGCUUUAUCAGUCCAGCACCACAUCGCUGUGCGACGUCAAGAUACUGGACGUGCUCAACAGCUACGAGCCCGAUGCACUCAGCGUCCAGGCACAGCAGCAGCAGCAGCAGCAGCAACAGCAACCGCAGCAGCAACAGCAGCAGCCACACACGACCAGCUUGAAUGAUGAAGCAUCUUCGUCGUCAGGCAGCGUGAAGCUGGAGGUCAGCAAUGGCACAUCCAAUGGCACUUGCAUUUUUCAAAACAACAACAAUGAUCCGAACGAGAUACUUGGUGUACUUAGCGAUCUCUACGACAAGGAGCUGGUCAGCGUUAUUGGCUGGGCCAAGCAGAUACCGGGCUUCAUCGAUCUGCCCCUGAACGAUCAGAUGAAGCUGCUGCAGGUCUCCUGGGCAGAGAUAUUGACGUUGCAAACAACCUUCCGUUCGCUGCCGUUCAACGGCAAACUCUGCUUCGCCACUGACGUCUGGAUGGACGAGCUGCUGGCCAAGGAGUGCGGCUACACGGAGUUCUAUUAUCAUUGCGUUCAAAUAGCGCAGCGCAUGGAGCGCAUUUCGCCACGUCGCGAGGAAUACUACCUGCUGAAGGCGCUGCUGCUGUCCAACUGUGAUAUACUGCUGGACGACCAGAGCUCGUUGCGCGCCUUUCGCGACACCAUACUCAAUUCGCUCAACGAUGUGGUCUACCUGUUGCGCCACUCCUCAGCCGUGUCGCAUCAGCAGCAGUUGCUCUUGCUGCUGCCAUCGUUGCGGCAGGCGGACGACAUAUUGCGUCGCUUCUGGCGGGGCGUGGCACGCGACGAGCACAUCAAUAUGAAGAAGUUGUUCCUCGAGAUGCUCGAGCCGCUGGCCAGGUGAAAGUCAGCUACAGCUCCUGCAGCAGCAGCAAAUUGCCAGUCGAUUUAGCUUUUAAGUUCAGGUGCAAAUAUCGGUUUAAGCUAAUCUAGUUACUAAACUCCAGUGUGUAAGCAUUCGAAAAGGUGUAGCUCAUAGAUAGUGUAUAUAGUUUGUCUGUGUACGUGACUUAUGCGUAGAGUAAACAGUAA